CAUACUGUAUAUACCAGACGCAGCACCAACAGUGGCACACACGCUCAUUCGCCGUUGUGCCGGCGUGAGGCCAAGAACUGCCACAGUGACUUAGUGAUUAGAAUUCUCUCAAUAAAUGAAGAAAAAGUGAUUAUAAUAUUUACUAAGUGUUAAUUUGUUGUGAUGUAUUAGUGACUACGAUAGUGCAAUACCCUUGAUUUGUGGUAGUUGUUGUAAUAGGUAUUGUAUACAGUGAUAUAUUGUGGAAAAACAGAUAGACAUAGAUAACAAGUGUUGGACUUACUGUACGUUUAUCUAUUUAUAAAAGCCGAUAAAGGCGUUAUCAGUAAGGUGAGCUGCAGGUAGCUCUUAACGUGCAAUAAUACAGGUGCACAAGUCGACGCCUUCAGCUAGUCGUGGGUGUUGUUAAGUGUUUUGACAGUAACAACGAGUUUUCUAGGGGCUGCCCUCAGAGGUGUACAUAGUGGAAAGCUCAUCCAAACGUGAGCCCCUUGUCAGCCGAGUCCACCACUUCUGUGAAAGUAAAAAAGCAGAUUAGCUCCAGAGAAAUCUUCAGAAACAGCAUGGCGUUUGCACAAAUCCCUGGGAUGACUUAUCCAAACCCGAGUAACGACGUCGACGCCUGGAUUGCCCAGUUGAAGAGGAGGGAAACGCUAAGCCUACGUCAGGUGGAGAGUUUGUGUUCUAAGGUGAGCGAGGUGUUAACUGAGGAAAGCAACGUGGUGGAGGUGUCGUCGCCUGUGACCGUGUGUGGCGACCUUCACGGCCAGUUCUACGACCUCAUGGAGCUUUUCACCAUAUCCGGGGAACCUCCGGAAACCAAUUACCUCUUCAUGGGCGACUACGUUGAUCGAGGUUACUUCUCCGUCCAAGUUGUGUCACUCCUGCUAGCGCUGAAGCUCCGGUAUCCGCAGCGGGUGACUCUACUCCGAGGUAACCACGAGUCAAGGCUUACCACUCAAGUCUAUGGUUUCUAUGAUGAGUGCUUCGCCACUUACCAAAGUGGCGAAGCCUGGAAGUACUUCAUGGAGGUAUUUGACUGCCUCCCUCUCACGGCUCUCGUCGAUGACAAGAUUCUCUGUAUGCAUGGCGGCCUCUCGCCUUCCCUCGACUCCGUUGACCAGAUCCGAGUCCUGGACAGAUUCCAAGAGCUGCCUCACGAAGGCGCCAUGAGCGAUUUAUUAUGGUCAGACCCAGACGACUCUGGACGAAGGUUAGGCUGGAGGGACAACGCCAGGGGCGCUGGGUACAUGUGGGGCUCCGACGUCUCCCACGACUUUACCUAUAGUAAUAACUUAGAGUUUGUCUCGCGGGCCCACCAGGUGCAGGACGCAGGCUACAACUGGUUCCACGACGGCAAGGUCAUUACCAUCUUCUCGGCGCCCAACUACUGCUACCGAGUUGGCAACCUGGCAGGAUACAUGACUGUAGAGGACGGCACGUAUAAUUGCUACACGUUCGAGGCAGCACCAAGAGAAUUUUCUGCACCGAUCGCAAAGACUAUGAACUCAUAUUUCUGUUAACUGUGUUAUCCCUUAUUUACAUUUUUACAUUAAUGGCCAACUCAAAACUUACAUUACCUUCUUAAGGGCAAAAAUUAGGAAUCGCGGGUCGAUUCUGGUAUUUGUUCAAUUAAGAAUCAUUGUAUUUGUUCAGUUGAGUGUUGUUUAAUAAGAAUGAUUGCGAGUAUAUAAAAUGUGAAAUUGUAAAAAAAAAAAAAACUAGUUGUACUGUACAUCAGAACCUCGAUGAGAAGUGACCUUACUGGGGGAGUUUAUUAGUGUACAUUUCUCCGUAGACAACUUGGCAUUUUUCUUAAGCUAGAAUGAACUGUAACUUAUUCGCCACAACCUUCCCUCAGAUAAGAGGUCGAAUCACGACAAUCAAGUGAUCACUGUAAUCAAUCCAAGCCUUCUGUAUCCCGAGAAGUAAAUAUUCAAGAUUACAACUUGCAUUCACCGUAACCACUGCCAGUGUUUACUUACGCCAAAUUGAAUGUUAUAACCUAUGACUUUUCUGAUUUUGGGAUAAUGAAGUCUUUAGUCACAUCUAAGUAAAAAAAAAAAAAAAAAAACUCCAUCCGCAACCAAAGACUUUCCUGUUAUUCCACUAGACGGUCUAUAAGGUGCUCCCAGGAAGGUCACUCUUAUGGUUUACAAACUGUGAACAAUAAAGAAUCACACGUAUACUCGACAAACUGUGAUAUUACUAAGUGCCAGUCAGUUUAUACAUCAAAAAGCGAAGUUACAAAUUGUUAAAGAUUACGCUACUUCUGUUUAUAUUGCCUUUGUUAAAUUAUGUUAUCUAUCUAGAGUCACCGAUUUAUUUAUGUGUAUUUAUCUAUUUACCUAUACAAGCCUACCUGUAAUCCCGCAAUGAUUUAUGUAUUUUCCCUUAUGUUUAUCUAUUCUUCUCCGCCUAUAAAAAUUUCUAAUUAAAUCAAUCACCUUUUUUUUUGCUCAUCCAUGUCUAUCUUUCCAUCUAUCCAUCCGUCCAUCUGUCUAAUUAUCUAGUUAUUUGCCUUUUUUGUAAUCGCUCUUACAGAAUCUAUCAAACCACUGUGAUAUGUACCCGAGAGUGAGGGAGGACCGUAACAGGUGAUAAUACCAAAUGAUAAAUAUUUCAAAGUCAUCUCUUGGACACUAUCUGUAGAAGGUCUGAGAGGUGAGUUACUUAUGUUCUAUGUUCCAAUAAAACAUUACUUUGAGA